AUGAAAUCUGCCAAGACAGACAUUCUAAACACCGAGAAGAACGUCGAAAAGGGUGCAGGAGACUCUAUCAACAUGACAGGCAGAGACAAAGCCUUGAACUUGCUGGCUAAUCAUCAUAUUGCUUUUGACCCCAAUUCUCCAGAGGCAAAGCGAGUUUUACGAAAGAUUGAUAUGCGUAUCUUACCAAUGAUAUUCGUCAUCUAUUGUCUCCAGCUCAUGGACAAAAAUAGCUUGUCAUAUGCUGCAAUUAUGGGCCUCAAAAAAGACACACAUCUCACAUCCUCACAGUACUCUUGGCUGGGGUCACUAGUGUAUUUUGGCUACUUAGGCGGUGACAUCCCUGCGACUUUUCUUAUGCAACGGCUACCCCUAUCCAAGUACUUCAGCAUCAUGUGUAUGAUAUGGGGAGCUAUUGUUGCAUUACAUGCAGUGUGUCAUGACUUUUCCUCCUUGGCUGCUGUCCGAUUUUUCUUGGGUGCUAUCGAAGUCUCAACGGUUCCCGUGGCUAUCCUCAUCACCAGCGCCUUUUACACAAAGGAAGAACAAGUCACAAGAGUCGCAAUUUGGUACACAACAUCCGGAUGGGCAGCUGUUUUUGGGGGGUUUCUUUCAUGGGUAAUGUAUCAUGCAAAUAGUUUUCGAUGGCAGGGGGUUUUUGUACUUUAUGGGGCUGUGACGUUUGUGACUGGAGUUUUCUUAUUUCUGUUCCUUGCAGCUUCGCCAACCGAAGCUAAGUGGUUGACUGAGGAAGAGAAAGUGAUUGCUCUUGAACGAGUGAGAAGCAACAAAACCGGAACUGAGGUCUGGAACUUCAAGGCGUCACAGCUUCGGGAAUCUUUGCUUGAUGUGCGCUUGUAUCUGAUUUUCCUGAUGCAAGUGUCGGUUGGGAUGCCUAAUGGUGGAAUGACUGCUUUCGGUCCGACUAUCGUCAAUAACUUUGGCUACGACGUGCCGACCACACAGCUCCUGAACAUGGGUUCUGGUGCGGCUCAAGUCGUUGGCACUGUCCUCGCUCUAUUCGUUGCUAAAUGGACCAACCGCACCAUAGCUGGCGUGUACACACUUGUUCUCGCAUGUAUCGGAACAGCUAUGAUGCUUGGAAUUCCGAGCUCGAACAAUAAUGGUCGUUACGGUGGUUAUGUGCUUGUCUAUCAAUUCCCGAUUUGCGUUUUGUUCAUGAUCACCUUUAUGACUGCAGGUAUAUCUGGGUCCACAAAAAAAUUUGCCUUUGGGUGCGCCUAUCAACUUGGCUAUGCGGUCGGCAACAUUAUCGGCCCCCAAACAUACAGAGCAAAGAGUGCACCUGAUUACUACCCCGCAAAAUACACCAUGCUUGCAUUCCUGGUCUUCACCGCCAUCUUAAUUUCUUUUUAUGGCGCGCUUCAUCAUCGAUGGAAUAAACGAAAUGAAAAGCGUGGGACGGCUUCUGUGCCAGACGGGAUUGAAAAUGAAGAAUUUGCCGACCGCACUGAUUUUGAGCAGAGAAACUUCCAGUAUCCAUUGUAG